CCACACUCGGAAGGCCUGCGACACUCGCUUCUUCGUCGAAAACCUGCAUUCAGCCGCCACGGGCGCUGUAGAUAUCUACAAAUUAACAUGAGCGUCAACCGCGCUGGUCGACGGCUACUCUCAGCGGCUGGCGCCUCAGCCGCGGAGCCCGCUGCUGCCGCGGCGCUGGGCAGCUGUGCGCCGCGACUGCUGCAGCUGCUGUCACGCCAGCAUGGUUCUUCUAGCCGCGGCUUCUCAGCCCACGGCACCAGCGGCCCACAAGAGCCCCCCGGCGGCCACGACCGCACCGCCGAGGCGCCGCCGCGCCACCGCGUGGGCGACCUGCCUCGCAGCCGCAGCGUGCAGCAGGAGCAGCUGGCGGUAGGCAGCGACCGCGACAGCGUGCAGGCGGCGGGCGGGCAGGCGGCGUGGCCGCGCCGCAGCCCCGACGCGCCGCCGGACCCAGCCACGCGCCGGGGUGGGCGUGAGACCAUGGGCAGCGAGCGCGAGGCGGAGGAGGCGGCGCGGCUGACCCUACGACACGGCUCCGGCAAGUCGGCGGAGGCGAUCAUGGCAGGGCCCGAGGCGGCGGAGGCGCCGCACAGCAACACGGCCGUCAAGUUCGUGUACCAGCAGCAGCCCAGCCCCUACAGCCACGACACGGACGCGGCGGGCACCACCAGCACUGGAGGGGCGGAGCAGGUGGCCCGGCAGUACAUGGAGACCGCCGGCAGCAGCAAUGAGACGUCGCGGGCGGGCGGGCCCACAGACGACAUCCCCGAGCUGGGCGGAGUCAGCGGCAUGUUUGCGCCGCGCGGUGAGAUGGGGUCCGACUACGGCCUGCGCACGCCGCGCCAGCCCUUCAGCCACGGCGCGCCGCCCGAGGCCGGCGGCGGCGUCCGCAGCGGCUCCGAAAUCCUGGGCAUGUCCGGCGGCAGCGGCGGCACAGGCGGCGGCGGCGGCGGCGGCACAGGCAGCGGCGGCACAGGCGGCGAGGGCUCCGACCGCAGCGGCAGGUCAGACGGCGCGGCGGCAGGCGGCGGUGGUCAGGGUGGAAGUGGAGGUGGCGGUGCUGGCGGUGGAGGAGGAGGCGGACGCGGCAGUGUUGCGGGGAGCUGGCACGUCAACCUGGUCGGCAACGGUGUGGGCGAGACCGUGAAGGCGGGCGUGGGCCGACUGCAGGAGGCCUACAAGGUCAUGUUUGGUGACGGCCCGGCCCGCGGAGUGGGGAGCGACCGCGCGCCCGACCGGGCGGGAGCCGGCGGCCUCGAGUCCCGCCCCGGCAAGCCCACUGACGCGGGCAAGAGCGGCGGCCCGCGUGAGGGGUGGAACAGCCCCUGAUGGGGUUGGCGAGGCGGAGCGAAGUGGCUUAAUCGGCUUAUGGACGGCUUGACAUGUGAAAAGUUCAACGCUGGCCUGGGUGUUGGAAACGGAAAAGUGUGUGCCCGUGGCUUUGGGCGCUGUAGGAACGCUAGGCACAGGUGCAGACGACGACGCGUGCACACCGUGUGGGUAGGCCGGCGCGUGGUUGACUGGUUGUGUGGGGGACUGUGUGCGCGAGUGCGUGUUCGGUCAGGGAGGUUGUACAUACCGUAGAAGGCGAGGUAUACAUACCGUAUGGUAUGGUGCCCACGGCUGUGAGGACUUGGGUCAGCGCAGUUGCAGA